UGCAUUCUGCAGGGCUAAACCAUUAGCCAUGCUUCGUAGCCUCUCUAUGGUGCCUGCCCCUGUGCCCAGUUCUUCACCCGGGAUCCUUGAAGUCUUCCUUUCACGCUUGCAGUGCUUACAUAUCGUCCCUGUGCCUCUCAAGUGAAGUUUCUGCGAACCUUCACGGGCGCCUGCAUUUCUCCUUGUUCUGACAGGAAACGCUCCUGCGUCUUGCUCGGAUCUGGGAGUUCCAUUUGCAAGUUACUCUGGUCAGCUCCUUAUCCGGGUAUAGUGUUGCAGGAAAACAAGGAUUUAGAACCAUUCCGGCGGGCAGACGGAUCUUGGCCUGGUUGGUAUGGCUUACAGCCAAUUGUCCUCCCUGACGCCAAGAGACCGGUUGAAAACCAUUUGUGUUCAUGUUUCAAGGAAGUGGGAAUUAAGAGGGAUUGAUGAUGAUGGACCUCUACAGCACAUUGAUCUAAUAUUAGCAGAUGAUAAGGGAAAUGUCAUGUAUGCUGAGAUACCUGCUGCUGAGGCUGAACGUCAUGGACCUGUGGUCAAAGCAGGGAAUUGCUACGUUCUUGGUAGAUUCAGAGAUUGUAAUGCAAAAGAUUUUUACAGAUCCGUACCUGGUCCCUACAUGUUGGAAUUAACAUGCCACACAAGAAUCAGUCCAUCUGAUCAUCCAGGUCCUUUUCCUGAAUAUGUGUACUAUCUCACACCUUUUGAGAAUGUACGAGAUUACAUUGGUGACAGGAAAAAAUUCCAUGAUGUGCUAGGAGUGCUUGUUGAAGUAGCUGAGCCAGAGUGGGUGCACUUUUGUAAUCAACCAAAGCCGAAAUUGCGUCGUAACAUACUUAUCAAAGAUCAGAGGGUUGCAACGCAAGCAGAUACUUUGCCUCAGGAAAUAAAGCCUCGCGAUCCCCAAAAAAAUAGGGAAUAAUAAAAAUGAUGCUGGAACUUGCCAAGAAAGUUCCCAGGUAUAGCCAGCGACUGCUAUGCCUGUGUCAGCUGCUAUCGUUGUGGCAUGCCCUUAGGUGUUAACUUGUCAGUAACCAUAUAGACGCCAACUAUAUGUUGUCUACUAAUUAUGCAGACUGUCGAUGGCAGCUCAAACAAUAGCAUGUAUGUUCUGUAAGCCAUAUUAUGUAUUUGCUUCGUUAACUCUGCAUGCGUUGGUCUCUGCAGUAUUAA